UCAGUAGUGUUUACUAUAGGUGAGAUAGACGUAUAAAUUCCUGAGUGUACGCAGAUCGCGCCCUCAGAGGAGAACGGAAAAUCAGGAGGAGGUGUAGGAGCAGGAAAACAAGCGAACCGAGGGAGCUUAUAGCUUGCUGUGUUUACUGUUCACUCGGAUAAACGCAGGAGAAAACGCAGCCUCCGAGUCAUCACGGGCGGAGAAACCUCACUGGAUGCAGAGAGAAGAGGAGGAGGAGGAGGAGGAAGAUGCAUGGAUGCUGAUUAUACCAACAACCCCAGAAAGGGAGAAUUAUUAGGUGGUUGUUUUUAGAAUCGACCCUAAAUUAAAAAGUGGAAUAAGCUUUCGCAGUCCCCAGCGAUGGACCACAGCUGUCGGCACUGAGGCUUCCAGUUCUCUUGUUGUUCUGAUGACCACAGGCCCUUAUGGCGCUUAUUCAUGAACCUCGUGCCCCCUCUCCUUCUCUCUCUGGCUUCAACACACCCCUCUCUGAUCCUCCAUCCUUUCGCCGCCUUGAUGCUGAAACACCCUGCACCCCAGAAAUGGACCUGACCCCGACCCAAUGCGUCCUUCGGAACGUCCUCUCAAUAGACACCGGAGGUGCUGUCGAACCUGGGGGUGGAGGAGGGCAGAGUGCCGGGCACAGCCAGACACCGGGCGAGGAACAACAGGAGCACUUUGCCAACAGUGUCCUGAAGCUCCACGAGCAUGAUGGAAGUCCCGGAAGGACGGAGGGAGAGGGCCAGGAGCUGGACAGCAGUGUGGUCAGGAGCCAGGUGGAUGACGCCAGGCUACAGUGCCAGUCUACAGGAGGAGGAGGGUUUCUGGAGGGGUUAUUUGGAUGUCUGCGGCCUGUCUGGACUAUGAUUGGCAAAGCUUACUCCACGGAGCACAAACACAACCUGGACGAGGCAUGGGAGGUCCCAUUCGAGGAGAUAUCUGAUCUGCAGUGGGUGGGCAGCGGAGCCCAGGGCGCCGUCUUUCUGGGCAAAUUGCACGGACAGGAAGUGGCCGUAAAGAAAGUGCGGAACAUCAAAGAGACAGACAUCAAGCACCUGCGCAAGCUCAAACACCCCAACAUCAUCACUUUCAAGGGUAUUUGUACCCAGGCUCCAUGUUACUGCAUCAUCAUGGAGUACUGUGCCCAAGGACAGCUGUAUGAGGUGCUGAGAGCAGGCAGGCAGAUCCAUCCAUCCCUGCUCAUGGACUGGGCAAUGGGCAUCGCUGGGGGCAUGAACUAUCUUCACCUCCACAAGAUCAUCCACAGAGACCUCAAGUCACCAAAUAUGCUGAUCACCUAUGAUGACUCAGUGAAGAUUUCUGAUUUCGGCACGUCCAAAGAGCUCAGCGACAAGAGCACCAAAAUGUCCUUUGCCGGUACGGUGGCAUGGAUGGCUCCAGAGGUCAUACGCAACGAACCCGUCUCAGAGAAGGUGGAUAUUUGGUCAUUUGGCGUUGUGCUGUGGGAGAUGCUGACAGGAGAGGUGCCCUAUAAGGAUGUGGACUCGUCAGCCAUUAUCUGGGGGGUGGGCAACAACAGUCUACAGCUGCCUGUACCUGACAGCUGUCCAGACAGCUUCAAACUGCUCCUGAGGCAAUGCUGGAACUGCAAGCCAAGAAACAGGCCUUCCUUCCGACAGAUUCUCCUGCACCUUGACAUCGCCUCAGCAGAUAUCCUAUCAACUCCACAAGAAACUUACUUUCAGUCUCAGGUGGAGUGGAGGGAUGAGGUGAGGCACCACUUUGAGAAGAUCAAGUCUGAGGGGACGUGUCUUCACAGGCUGGAUGAGGAGCUGAUCAAACGACGCAGAGAAGAACUCAGACAUGCGCUGGACAUCCGGGAGCACUACGAGAGGAAACUGGAGAGAGCCAACAAUCUCUAUAUGGAGCUCAAUGCCAUCAUGCUGCAGCUGGAGAUCAAAGAGAAAGAACUGCUCAAGCGGGAGCAUUCACUGGACAAGAAAUACCCGGGCUGCUUCAAGCACCACAGUUCCAGACAGUCAGCCUCCUCCAACUCGAUGGAGAAACUCAUGAAGAAACGCAAUGUACCUCAGAAACUGCCCUCGUACAGCAAGAGGCCAGACUUACUAAAGUCAGAGGUCAUCCUCCCCAAACUGGACUCUUCCAUGACCCAGGUCACAAUCCCCAACAAGGGCUCUACCUCCCCUGGCCGCUCACGCCGAGGAAAACCCCGCUACAGGAAGGCUGGUAAAGGCAGCAGCGGGGACUUGGCUCAGCUCAAAGCCACUCUCUCCUCUUCUUUAGCAAUGGUCAACGCCACGACAUCUGUUCCCAGCAGCAAGCAACAUCUAGACCCCAGUGCAGCACUCAGGGGCCUGCAGCAUGAUCUGCUGCUCAAGAAGAUGUACUCCUCGAGCCCGGAUCUCAUUUCAACCACCUUGGAGGCUGAAGGCCGGAGGAAGGGACAGGUCCGGCCAGGGCUGGACAGAGCGGGCAGCCAGAGCGCCUCAGCCGGGCUGGGGGAGAGCAGAAGGACAGAGGGGCCGGAAGAGGGGCCAGAUGUGGGUGUAGGGACUGAUGACCUGGCAGAAACACCUCCACGCAGUGACACGCCCAGCGAGGAUGCAGCUUCUAUUCCGUUCUCCAGCAGCCCUGACUCGCCGUGCGGCAGGGGAGCAGCUGCGGGGAGGGCGUCUGUGCUUGGGAACCCCCGCGUUUCCCACGAGGGUGAGGAGAAGGAGGACGGGACGGUAAUCACGCGUUCACCCAGAAGUCAACGCCUCACACCGGCAGCACUGCUUUACAGGGCAGCAGUGACACGCAGUCAGAGACGUGGAGUGUCUUCAGAGGAAGAGGAAGGAGAAGUGGACAGUGAAGUGGAGUUGCCAAGGAGACGGCGUCCAGUGAGCAUGACCAAGUGCCAGUCCCUGUCCACCUUCAGCUCAGAGAACUUAUCAGUCUCAGACGGUGAGGAGGGAAACACCACUGACCACUCCCACAGUGGCACGCCGGACGUGGUCAGUACCAAUACCGACGAGCGUCUGGACGACAAGAGCGACGACCUACUGUCUCAGGGCUCAGAGAUUCCCGCUGACCCAUCUGACCCAACCCAGCUGGGCUCAGAUGGAUUGUCUGAGAAGGAAGCUAUUCUUCGACAAGUCAAGACCCAGCUCGCUAGUAAUGAUCAUAAUUACGAGCAGGGCCUGUAUGAUGACUCUGACUGUGACAGUGCAGAGCUGGACCAUUCAGGAAGUGCGGAACCCAGCCAACAACCAACCAACUGGUGAAAAUCUGACACCUCAACCCACUCAAACACCUGCAGAUGCAGCCUGUGAAUGCCUCUUUCACUCUAACAGACCUUUAGUCAUUCAGGGACAUUGCAGAGAGGCAGCAAAUGAAGGCCUGUCUCUCCUCACAAGCAGGAACACAUAAAUCUUUGGUAAGUGUUCUCAAAAAUCUGAUACCCUGGAAGCCCCCCCCCCUCCUUUUUAGAUGAAUGCAUCACAGUGAUGUGAAACUGAAUCGGGGCACUAGCCGAGCUGACAGCCCCCUAUGUUCCCUCCAUAGCAGCUGGCCCAAGAUCAGCUCUGCAGAACACCUCAGUGACAGGGGCCUCAGUUAAAGAGGCCAUCUACUUGACUGUCUAUUAAUGUCUCUUGUCAUCUUCCAUGUCAAUUUGUAUUUUUGUCUCCGUCAUGAAAAAGUGUCAUGUUAUUUCACAUCAUCUCAUAUAAUGGUCAUAAAAUCCUAUCAGGGCUUCUAUUAUAUUUAAUUGUCAUUAUCACUGGGACAGCCACUGAUGUUGCUGCUUGCACUUAAUUUAUGAAAUGUACUAUUUCCACAUGAUCAUUUCCUUGUCAUAUUGCAUUUCUUCUCAAAACAUUAUGCACUGACUAAUUCAUUAUGUUACAGUGAAUCCAUUGAUAUUCGUAAAAAAAACAAUGUUUACAUUUUUCAUUUGUGGUGUUUACAUUUAUUUAUUCAUAUUUGUGUCAUGGAUUAUGUUUCCAUUUUCUACUCCUGCGUUUUAAUAUCACUGUAAAUAUGUGAUGUUGUAAAAUGAACAAAUUUUUUAAAUGUGAGAUUGUAUAAUUUAAAGGUGCUGAUGUUUCUAAUUAGGUGGCGCUACUGUAUUUGAACCUCAAAGCAUAUGGUAGUAGAAUGUACUGUAGCUGCUGUUCAUGUCUGAGCAUCAAAACACAGAUAAAAGAGGAAGAACACGUGAACAAAGAAAAAGCAAUAUGUCUGCUCUGGUACAGUAUGUCCUGUCAUGUCACGGGUUAAAAGAACCACAGCUGAGUUAAUUCAGGGCAGACAGGCUUUUUUUAUUAGUAUUGCAGUGUUUGCUGUAUUAAAACGCAAUACUGGUUUGAACCCUUUCUGAGCAUCUCGGGGUGUAUAUAGCAUCAAAAAAGCAUGCAAGUAUGGAUAGUCUAUUGGUCACGGUUUGUGACUCUGAUCAAAAUUAAAUUUUAGAUCCAACCAUAGAGAAAAAAAUGCAAAAAAAGACAGACUGCAGAUUUCUGGCAGACACUGAAAUACUCCAGUCUAAUGACUGAAGACAUGUAGGUGACAGGGACAGAAAACACCAACAUACUGUAGAUCUCAGAGUAACUGAACUAAAUAUGAUGGUGGUUUUCUGCUCUGACUUUGCCAGACAUGUGGCGACGUAUGUUUGCAGUGCACCAGCACAGGAGAGAGAAGAUAAGAGUUUAGAUCAUUUUGUCAAACUUAAUGUGGUUCACAUUCUUUUGAUUCUAGUGUUGUUUUGGUAAGUACAUCACAAAGCAAUCACAGGCUUAUCUGCAGCAGAAGCACUUCAGAAGAACUUUUUGCCAUCCCCCAACAUAGCAAAUUAAUUUAGACAGUGAAGCUUUACAAGCCCACAAUGUGAUUCAUCAGUUUCCAGAAAGGUCACUCUGAUAUUGUCCUCACCAGCUGAAAUUUUGGCCCAUAAAUGGUCAUUUUCACUAAUGUGAAAGGGCUCCUUCAUAAUAGACAGUAUGAUACAUAAAACUCUGGUUGUGAUGUACCUUGACAAGUCAUAUGUGCAUGUGGUUCAAUCUGACUGUACAACAGCACAUUACAUCCUGAAAAUUUCAGACUGUUGAGGUCCCGCUCAAUAAGCUAGAAAUGGCAGCUUCUAUUUUUUUCUGGUGUUAAGUUUUCAAUUUGUAGAUCUCUUUAAAUGGAUUGUGGCCCUAAGACUUAAAGCUAGAAAUCCUCUUGCAGGAGAAAAUGUUGCCAAAAAGCAAAACCUACUGCCCUCUAGUGUCUCCAUUUUGGAGGUACUUUUGUUUCCCGUGAUGCUGAUUGAAACAACCCUGUCUGAACUGAAACAUUUGCUUUUUAUACUUCAUUAUUGUAACUGUACAAUAAAUAUA